AGUGCGCGGUUUGGGACACACCCAUGGUCUUCGACAGACUUAAGCUUAUUUACAUAAUUAGCUAGCAUGUUAACAUACACACUUACGUACUUACCUUUUCAUAGAAACUCGAGAGGACCUUCAACAGUUCACAGAGAAUCCUCGGAAGCGGAUUAGAGUCCCAAAGGUCAUGGAGGAGGGGCUAGUUGCGGUGGAAAAAAAUCCUGAAGCGGUCAGAGAACUAGUGACUUGAAGAAAAAAGCGAAAACCAUCCAAGCAGCUGAAGGAAAUGAAAAAAGAAAAAGCCUUAUGCGGAUCUUGGAAGAAAAAAAGGCAAUGAAAAAAACUUCUCCACUUCUUGCAAAUGAACAAAAGAGGAAGAGGGAGGAAACGCCGCCAGACAGCUUCUCUGACAGUGAUGAAGACGGAGGAGGAGUUGUACCACAACGGAUAUAUGAUGAACUGACUACACUUUUGGCAAAAUUGUUUUUUAUAUGCUGUCCCCUUAUCAAUUAAACAAAUAAAAUUGAAAUAAUAUUGGCCAAUAUCAGAUUGAUAUCGGGCUGAUAUCGAUAUCCAGUUGUAAAGACAAUAUUGGCAGAUACUGAUAUUGGGCCGAUAGUAUCGUGCACCACUACCAGUGUAUUAUUGUGAACGUACUGUUGGAGUUCUUAAUGCUGCUCUUUUUUUUUUCUUUUUUUAUGAAGAUUUGCUCAACUAAACAAGAGUAAAUGUGAGCUGGAACUGGAGUUGGCUAAAUAUAGGGAGGCAAACCUUUCUCUGCAACAAAGCCUAGAUGAGGUGCUUAAACAACUCUUUUCACAAAGGUCAAUGAUGUCUCAGGUCUCUGAGCCUGUCACCAAGUCCACAACUUUAGCCACCAGCCCCAAUUCAGAGAGUGAACCUCUUCAGCUGCCGAACACCCCAAGGGUAUUGGAAAAGAAGGAUGGGAAGAUUCAUAUUGGAAAUGAGGUUUGGCUGCGAGAGGAAGUCUGGAACAAGAUCCAAGCCACAAGAAAAGACUCGUUGUACGUCAAAGAGUUAGCAGUGGCCAUCUGGGGGAGCAGUGAACUAAAACAACGAAGUGUGUCAGGAAAGGAAUGCCCCACCAAAAACACUGAGGCAAAGCCUCCCUUGACCCCAGACAGGCUGGGAACCCUCAAAGAUUGUUUCUAUCGCUGGCUGAGGGCCCAGGAUCUGGAGAAGGCAGAGGUGGACAGGAGAUCGAAGCUGGUGGGCUUCUUUAUCUCCCAGAAAAUUCAAGACUUGAACAAGAAGGACAAAAAAAACUUGGAAAAAUGAAAUGAAAAUUGAUGGAAAGCUUUUAUCAAACUGCAUUUGUCAUUUAUUUAAAUAAGGGUUUUGGGUUUCAUUUCACUUAAGGUUUUAUUUUUAUUGUGUUUAUGCUUUAAAAUAGACUUUUAAUAGCCUUGUUAUAGUACAUUUUCAUGACCAGUUUAACCAGAUUUCCAAUUCAGUUAUCUGUUAUGGUAAACUUUUACGGUGAAAAUUACUUAGUAAAUGUUGACAUGUUGGCAGUAAAUGUGAAACUCACCGUCAUUAUUGAAUGGAUUUGUUUAAUAAAUAUGUCAUUGACA